GGCAGAUAUUUCGGAGGGCAUUCUUCGUUUGUCAGUCGGCGCACCGAUACCCUAGAUAGAGAAGAUGAUCAUCCCAGUGCGUUGCUUCACUUGUGGAAAGGUGAUCGGAAACAAAUGGGAUAUGUAUCUUGAUUUGCUCCAGUCUGAUUACAGCGAAGGAGAUGCCCUGGAUGCACUUUCUUUGGUUCGAUAUUGCUGUCGAAGGAUGCUGAUGACUCACGUUGAUCUCAUCGAGAAACUUCUCAACUAUAACACUUUGGAGAAGGCUGAGGGCAGCUGAUCAGUGUGUGGUGUCUGGCCGUCUACUAGCAUUUCAUCUCACUUUUGCAGCUGUAGUAUCAAUGUCUAGUAAUGCUGAAAAAGAAUCCUUUAGUUUGGUAUAUUGCUGUCAAUGCUGAAUAUUUCCAUAUGAAAUAUUUGAUGGGAUGAAUGGAUUUUUGUCGUUUCCCCUUC